AUGAUUUACUGUUGCAGAGACUUUUAUCAGUGGCACAAAGUACACAUGUUUGUGUACUUUGGGCUUUCCUUCCGUACAGAUUUGACUUUCACCCUUUGCGCCUCUCAAAGCUUUCUGUUUUCCCAGCACUCAGCUGUCACAGAUAUGCUUUCUCUGUCACUACGGCAAACAAUACGGCCCCUCUUCCUCAGGGCUUCAGGAUGUCUGGGCCGAGAGGGGCAGGUCACAGCGGAGUCAUGCAGGCGAGGCCUCAGCAGCGCGGGCGAGUGGACGGGCCAGGAGAACCUGGCCCAGGACGACCCGGAGAUGUGGAGCCUCCUGCAGCAGGAGAAGGACAGGCAGUGUCGGGGGCUGGAGCUCAUAGCAUCAGAGAACUUCUGCAGCCGUGCAGCACUCGAGGCUCAGGGCUCCUGUCUGAACAACAAAUACUCUGAAGGAUACCCAGGACAAAGGUACUAUGGAGGUGCAGAGAUCGUUGACAAGAUUGAGCUGCUGUGCCAGAAGCGAGCACUCUUCGCAUUUGGUCUGGACCCAAAUCUGUGGGGCAUCAACGUCCAGCCGUACUCUGGAUCUCCCGCUAACUUUGCAGCCUACACAUCUGUACUGAAGCCCCAUGACCGCAUCAUGGGCCUCGAUCUGCCAGACGGGGGACACCUUACCCACGGCUACAUGACAGACACCAAGAGAAUCUCAGCCACCUCCAUCUACUUUGAAUCGAUGCCUUACAAGCUGGAUCCCAAAACAGGUCUGAUAGAUUAUGACGAGCUGGAGAAGACGGCCCGACUUUUCAGACCCAAACUCAUUAUAGCAGGAACCAGCGCCUACGCUCGCCUCAUCGACUACCCUCGCAUGAAGAAGCUGUGUGUGGAGCUUAAUGCCUACCUGCUGGCAGACAUGGCUCAUAUCAGCGGCCUGGUGGCAACAGGAGCUGUUCCCUCUCCUUUCCAGCACGCUGACCUGGUCACCUCCACUACCCAUAAGACCUUGCGUGGAGCGAGGGCUGGUCUGAUCUUCUACCGGAAAGGUGUGCGGUCUGUGGAUAAGAAAGGUCGGGAGGUGACCUACGACCUCCAGGACAGGGUGAACUUUGCCGUGUUCCCGUCACUUCAGGGAGGACCACACAACCACGCCAUUGCAGGCGUGGCCGUCGCCCUCAAACAGGCUUCUACUCCCAUGUUCAAACAGUACAUUGCUCAAGUGCUGCUGAAUGCCAAGUCCAUGGCUAACGCUCUGCUGAAGAAAGGCUACACGCUGGUGUCAGGUGGAACAGACAACCACCUGGCCUUGGUUGACCUUCGACCCAACGGAAUGGAUGGGGCUCGAGCUGAGAAGGUUCUGGAGCUGGUGUCCAUCACCGCCAACAAGAACACCUGCCCUGGAGACAAGAGCGCUCUCACUCCCGGAGGACUCAGGCUCGGAACUCCGGCUCUAACCUCCAGACAGUUCAAGGAGGCAGACUUUGAAAAGGUUGUGGAGUUUUUUGAUGAAGGGAUUCAGAUCGCACUCGAUGUGAAAAAGAAGACUGGGAAUCUGGCCAGCUUCAAGUCCUUCCUGCUGGAGGACCAAGAGACGGUGUCACGCAUCGCAGGGCUCCGCCAGCGGGUGGAGCUAUUUGCAAGACCCUUCCCCAUGCCAGGAUUCACUGACCACUAAUAAGUAACACAUCACACAGAAAGGCACUUCCCAUUGUAUUACUCCUCUAAUGUAAUAGCCUUUUGAUGACGCUGCCAUGGAAACAAGCGUUGUUUCAAGACAGAUUGACUUGAGCUGUCAAGGGCCAUUUAUGCACACGGUACAUUUCCAUGCCAACAAUCGAAAUUAUCCGCCAAAUAACACAAAUAAUCUAAUAUGAUGUCUCAAAGCCGGAUGAUUAAAAAGUCACACAACCAUUUCCAGGUUAGGCAGAUAAACUGUAAUCGUGUAAUAAUGGAUUUUAUGAUAACUCCGUCUUGAGAGGCUCGAUAAACAGAUAUUGAAUAAUGUUAUAACGCAAUAGUUUUUAAAAGAUAAAAUAAGUCAUCAUAGAAAAAGGUAUACUUGUUGACAAAUACUAACUGCAUCCAACUCGUAAAUUACAAACCAUUUAUAAAAGGUUGAUACGAAAUGCUAAAUGUUACUAAAGUGUUACCUAAUGUCAUUUACAUUUUAUUAGCAGGUUUUGUUCUAUUAGCGACCCAUUUAGUGUCAACAAUUUAUUCCAAUUAACCAUUUACUACAUAGAUCUGCAAAGUUCGUAUAGGCCGCAUUGGGAAAUCAUAUUUGAACCUACUAGAUAUGAAAAUGAUUUGUUUUGUGCAUGUGAUGAUGAGGUUGAUAACGGUGAUGCUUUCCAUUAAGACUGUUUCUAUUAGCCUGAAACGGUUGCACAGCAACGUACAUUAUCCUGCAAGUAAUACAUUAGCAGCUGCUGCGCUCGCUCUUAUACGUUCCCCUCUUCAGCCGAGGAGGGCCAUAAGUGUUUAAGGUAUUUGGCUUUUGUCAAUAAGCAGUACUUAGAGCUCGUACCAACGCCAGGCGUUGUCCCAGGCUGGGAAACGUGCAGUAGCUGUGUGAGGAGUUGAACCUGAGCUCGAUUCAAACCCACAACAACACAAACUAAUUGGGGAAACAGCACAAACUAUGUUCUUAGGCUUUUUUUGGUAAAACAUACUAUAUCUGCAUAUAUUUGUGAAUAUAGUACAAUGUACAUGUUAGUGAUCUUCUUCAUUGCAAUAAAAAAAAGAAUCCUCAAUGUU